UACCUGUUUGCUGAAAAAUUCGAAAAAAGGGUUAAAGAAAUUAAAAAUGAUAAUAGUAGAUUUAAUGAUCAACAAGCUAGAGCAAAAACUAGAAAUAUUUAUAAGUUGUUUGGUGAAAGUUAUGACCCUGAACCCAAAACAGUAGUUAAGGGACUAGGGAUUGAAAAAAUAGAACGAAUUCAAUCAUAUAGUGCAGAUUAUAUUUCAAAACUUAAUGCUACACAAAUUUAUA